UUUAAUCUAGCCUCGCUCUCAACAUCAUAACUCUUUAUCUUAUUUAAUAUUUGGAUAAAGCUUAGGUUAAGUGACCAGUUGCAUAAGACAAAUCUGGGUCCAACGUUCUGUUGUAAUGAACUCAUUGCGAUGGUGACACUUUUAACCACGUAUGGGUGAUGCACUGGACUCAAAGCCAAGUUUUAUUCAAAUUUCGGCGCCGUUGAGCAAGUGGUUCUUAAUUUUUCAGAUUAUUUUUGAAUUACUAUUAUUAAGGAAUUUUUGAAAAGCCAAGGGACAACCCUGGCCAGUGGCCACCUAGCUUGGUCUGUAAUUGAGAGUUAAGAUAAGUAUAUGGCGACACUACCCACUUGAUUCAGACACUUAAACCUAUAUAUAGGAGCAAAAGUCUACUAAUCUAUUAAAGAAAUAAGAGCAAUAGUCUUCUAUCUGAAACUGAGGAGCAAGAACUCUUGUUUUCACUGUCUUCAUCUCGCUUAAUCAUGCACUACUCUCAGCAAUGGAUUGUCAUGGGCAUAAUAAUAUGUGCAUCUUUUGUACACACCUUUGUGCCUGUGGAACCUCAUCCCAUAGCUGAUAAAAUCACAAGUCUGCCGGGGCAACCUCAAGUCAGUUUCCAACAAUUUUCCGGAUACAUCACCAUAGAUGAAAAGCAACAGAGAGCUCUUUUCUACUACUUUGUUGAAGCUGAAGGGCAGCCAGCUUCAAAGCCACUUGUUCUCUGGCUAAAUGGGGGGCCCGGUUGUUCAUCUUUUGGAGCAGGAGCUUUCCUUGAGCAUGGCCCCUUUACAGUGAAGGGAGACAAUCUGGUCAGGAAUGAGUACAGCUGGAAUAAAGAAGCAAAUAUGUUGUACCUGGAAUCACCAGCAGGAGUUGGUUUCUCUUACUCUGCUAAUAAAUCAUUCUACACCUAUGUGAACGAUGAGAUAACAGCACGAGACAAUCUUAUAUUUCUGCAACGCUGGUUUGCCAAAUAUCCAGAAUACCGAGACAAAGAUUUUUUUAUCGCAGGAGAGAGCUAUGCAGGUCACUAUGUGCCCCAACUUGCCCAGCUCAUUAUUCAGUCCAAUGUGAAGAUCAAUUUGAAGGGAAUAGCUGUAGGGAAUGCUCUUCUUGAUUAUUACAGUUUUAUCACCUCACCUGGCGAGUACUAUUGGUCUCAUGGUUUGAUAUCUGAUGCUGAUUAUCAACUUUUCACUGAAGUAUGCAAUGGUUCUGAGAUCAUGAGCGGCAGUAUAAACAGAGAAGUUAGUACUGCUUGUUAUAAUGCAUCUGAAGAACUCUACGCACAACUUGCCCGUACAACCGGGAUUGAUCUAUAUGGUGUCAUUAGUGAUGUGUGUCUAUCACCUGUUAAGUCACAAAUUGACAAGCUACAUGAACACCUCUUGUCCAGAAUUCAAAAUUUGUCAUCUCUCCAUUCAAAACAAGAGGCUCUUAGUCAACAGCAACUUAAAGCAAAGGAACUGAUCUGUGGAGAAGGUAUCACACACAACUAUUUUAACAGGAAAGAUGUGCAGAAGGCUCUCCAUGCCCAGCUCCUCGGAGUCCAGCAAUGGACUUUAUGCAGCGAUGUUCUACAGUAUGAUUUUGCAAACCGAGAGAUACUAACAAUUCGUGUUGUGGGCUCACUUGUCAAGAUUGGCAUCCGAGCCUUGGUUUACAGUGGAGAUCAAGAUGCAACAAUCCCAUUUACAGGGUCUCGGACACUGGCAAAUGAAUUAGCAAAGGAGUUGGGUCUGAAAACAACUGAGCCAUACAGACCAUGGUUUGAGGGAGAACAGGUAGGUGGAUGGACACAAGUUUAUGGUAACAAUCAGCUAUCUUUUGCCAGCAUAAGAGGAGCUUCACACACAGCUCCAUCGACGCAACCAGCGAGAUCAUUUUCACUGUUUAAGGCAUUUCUCUCAGGAAAGCCACUGCCAAACGCAUGAACUUAUCAAGAUCAUGAAUAAAAUAAGAAUGUGCUAGUAUUAUUAAUCUGCGCGUCAUUUAUUUGAAUAGCAAAGGCAUGUAUUCAAGAAAUUGCAUUAAAUAAAUAUGUAUGCACUUGUAUUAUUUAUCUGAAAACAUUCUCUCAACUGUGCCAUUUGUAUUUA